CUUCCUGAACUUUGGGGAGAGAAAAUGAACUAAUAUACAAUUGAUUCUUCCUUAAAGACACUCUAAAUUCGCGGGAAGAACACCAUGGCUGUUGCUCAGUGCAGCUCUGUUUUCAAACCAUGUUCAAACAAAACACCCUUAUCUCCUUUUGCAAACUCUCCUAUUCUUUCUACUAUUAGCACCACUCCAAUUAUCUCAGGUUUCAAGCCACUGAGGCUUUCAAUGUCCAGGUCUCUUCUCUCUAACUCACAAACUUACAGGAGAGGUAAGGUUGCUUCUGCUUUGGUUUCUGAGGAAAACGCAAUCACCUCUAGUUCGUCUGAUGAUACUGAUGGCUUCAAACUCACUUACUUGGAGGGAAAUAGUUGGUUGUGGGAUGUGUGUGGAGUGAAAAUAUUGGUGGAUCCAAUCUUGGUGGGUAAUUUGGAUUUUGGAAUCCCCUGGCUCUAUGAUGCUGCCAAGAGGUUUUUGAAAAAUUUCCAGCUAAGUGAUGUUCCGGAAGUUGAUUGCUUACUGAUUACACAAAGUCUUGACGAUCACUGCCAUUUGAAGACGUUAAAGCCCCUCUCCGAAAAGUACCCAACUCUUAGAGUAAUAGCUACACCAAAUGCAAAGGCAUUGUUGGAUCCCCUUUUCAGCAAUGUUACAUAUCUCGAACCUGGCGAGAGCUCCACAAUUGAAGCAAGAAAUGGUUCUGAAGUCAAAGUUCAGGCCACUCCAGGUCCAGUUCUAGGUCCUCCUUGGCAGCGCCCUGAAAAUGGGUAUCUCGUCAUUUCUCCACAAGAGAAAUUUACUCUAUACUAUGAACCCCAUUGUGUAUACAACACUGGUUCACUGGGGAAGGAAAGGGCUGACAUUGUCAUCACACCAGUCAUAAAGCAGCUUCUGCCAUAUUUUACUUUGGUCUCGGGACAAGAAGAUGCAGUUCAACUUGCAAAGCUUCUGCAUGCCAAGUUCAUUGUCCCAAUGAGAAAUGGGGAGUUGGAGAGCAAAGGGUUGCUUGCCAGUAUAGUCCAGUCUGAAGGAACAAUAGAAUCAUUCAAGGAACUUCUAUCGAAGGAAUUACCAGAUGCACAAGUACUAGAACCAACUCCUGGUGUACCGCUAGAUGUGCCACCACUUUCGAUCCUUCAAUAGUAUAUUUACUUGCAGAUCCACACUAUAGUUCCUUCAAGCUGAAACUCUGUACAUUCAUCCAACGUGUGAUAUGUAAAUGAAAUCUUCUCUUCCUUGCAUGUUUCA